ACAAUAGAUUUAUCAAACUGUGCCAAAAUGUCAUUGGAACUUAGCGGAGUUUACUAAAAUUCAACAGAAUCUACUAAAAUCUAUUUAAGUGCACCAAAAUUCAGCAGAAACUCUCGGGUUUUACAAUAAUCUGAAACUAAUAUUGAAAAAGCAGAUUCUGGUGGAUCCCAAAAGAGUACACAAUCCAUCAGGAUAUGCCUAAAUUCGCCAAGGCCCACCUACAUUUCGAUCUUUUGGAUCCGCCCUUUCCUCCUAAAUUUUGGCACACUUCAACAAACGUAUUUUACAAUUCACGAGGGAGCUAUCAGAAUUCGAAGAUUCACCAGGACUCAUUUUUUUUCUUCUUGAAUCGGUGAGAAUGAGGAGACUAUUGUCACAUUCACCAAAAACUUCAUGCCCUCAACCUCGCACACCACAUCUACACCCUUAAGAUCGCUCACAUUCAUCCUCAAAAUAUUUUCCGUAAGUGUUAUUUUUCUCAUGUAGUAUUGUGGUUAAACUUUUUCUAUUCGUUAUUUUUGUCUUCAUUUUUAAUAAACUUCGUGAUCAAAACACUGAUUUUUCGAUGACCAUUCUGUAUUUAAGAAUUUUAGCAAUGAAAAAAAUGCUUAUUUUUUUGUUAUAUCUAUAUUAGUGAUGGCGAGAGACAGAAAGAGAAAGAAAAAAAUCGAUCAAGUGUAUCGGUCAGAACAGAAAAGAACAGUCACACAUACAGAGAGCGGUCAAGCAUGAACACAGCGAUAACAACGUUUAUGAAGAAAAAGAUUAAUAAAGAGAAAGAGGAGUGAGGAUUGAGAUGUUGUAUUCAUUACAAAUAAUACCUGAAGGAAGUCUCCCAUACAAUAUCUUGUUUUUUUAUUUUCUACGUACUAUAUUAUUUUUUUCAUAGAUCUGUUUAAAAUGCUUCUCACUACUAUUACAUUAUGUGUCUCUGUUUUUUUCUAGAAAAUGAGAAUCAAUAGUUUGAUCAACAAGGCUUAUAAUUAAAGUUGUAAGAAUAGCCUAUUAUCUAAAGAUGGUUGCUGAAACUUCAGUAGUUCCUGCUAAUAGUCAAGGUCCACCACCUUUAAUUCCAUCAACACGUUUCACAUUAGCAUUAUUAGUCUUUUUUGCUUUUAUUAUUCAAUAUUCUCAACGCAUAAAUCUACCAAUUGGUAUUGUAUGUAUGCUUAAUCGUACAAAACCAAUUCAUCAUAAUACAUUAUUGGAUGUAACAACAGAAUUACCAAAUAAUAUGUCGAUAUAUUAUCUUAAUUCAUCAUCAUCAUCAUCAACAACGAUAACAACAAAAAUAAAAAAGUCGCCUCGUAUUGCUAAAAAAAAGGGUUUUUUCAAUGAUAAAACAUUCCAUUGGACCGAAUUACAACAACAACUUCUUCUAGGUGGAUAUUGGGCUGGUUAUAUAUUCACACAAAUACCAGGUGGAUGGUUAGCAACCACUAUAGGUGCAAAAUGGGUUUAUGCAGCUUCUUUAGGAACCAGUUCAUUUGCUACUUUAGCAUUAACAUUGAUGUAUAUGAUGCCCAAUACACAUUUUUUUUUGAUAUUAAUACUUCGAUUUAUUACUGGUCUUGCACAUGGUGUACUUUUUCCAGCAACAAUCUCUCUUUGGUCAGUAUGGGCUGUUCCACAAGAACGAAGUACACUUGCAUCAAUUGGAUUUUCUGGUACACAUCUUGGAACAUCUUUAACAAUGCUUAUCGGUGGAAUACUUUGUCAGCAUUUUUCUGCAGGAUGGGUGUAUCUAUUUUCUAUUACGAGUUUUCUUGGUUUUAUAUGGUUGGCAUUAUGGACUGCGUUAACAGCACAUACACCAUAUCAUCAUAAAAAAAUUAGUGAUCGUGAACGAGAAUAUAUAACUAGUUUAACCGGUAGUACUGGUCACAAACGUACAAUGUCAUUAGCAUCAAUGCCAUGGAAAAAAAUUAUAAAAUCAAAACCAAUAAUUGCCUUAAUCAUAACACAGAGUGCGAAUUUGUUUGGCUUAUUUUUCUUUUUAACAAAUUUUAGUAAAAUGUUCACUGAACUUUUACGUAUUUCACCAGGGAAUACUGGUUAUAUAUUAUCUUUUGGAUUUUUGUUAACAUUAUCAAGUAGUAUAUUAUCAGGUAUUGCAACUGAUCAUUUUGUUCGAUCAGAUGUUGUAACAUUAACAACUGCAAGAAAAAUGUCUAAUGCUUUAACAUCAUUUAUACCUGUUUUCUGUAUGAUGUUACUUUAUUUUUCUGAUCAUACAACAUAUAGAGUAGGUAUUCUUGCCGUUCUCUUGUUUCUUGCUGCGACUGGUCUCGGUUAUGGUAGUGGUUAUGUAGUCAAUUUUGCGGAUAUUGCUCCAGCUUAUUCCGGUGUUAUAUUUGGUCUCGCUAAUACAUUUGCAUCAUUGGCUGGUUUAAUUGGAAAUUUAGUUGCAGGAUUAAUUAUUAAAAAACCAGUUUUAGAACAAUGGAGAAAAUUAUAUAUUAUAUUUGGUAUUAUUUAUUUAUUUGGUGGUCUUGUUUAUAUUUUUUAUGGUUCGGCUGUACCAAGAAAAUGGGCGACAUUUCAAGCUGUGAACAAUGAUACUAAACCAGAGAAAAAAACAAAUGAUGAAGUAGCAAUGUCAACAAACGUAAAAGUUUAA